AUGUCGACUACAACCACAACUGCUCCCCCUUCCACCACCACCACAACCACCACUACUACAACCGGCGCAGCAUCAAGCUACAUCCCCCGCGGCCCAACCACCGCCGAACUCACCUUUUACGCCCCGCCACCCGACAACUCCGCACCCUUCAACUACGUCGAGUCCCCACCCGCCGGCCAACCUAAAUACAACUACAGCGAACACACCCAACCAGUCGCACUCACCGACAUCCGCGGCGCCGAAGAAGCUUUCACCCUAGACAAAGACUCCUUCCAAGCCCUCCAAAACAUCCCCUCAUCCACCACAUACACAACCUUCGACUCCGACGCCGCCGUCCGCGAAACAUACUACCCGGAAGUCGAAGCCCUGCUCCUCCAACAUAUCCCAGGUGCCCACAAGAUAGUCCUCUUCGACCACACCAUCCGCCGCCAGAAAGAAGGCGCCGCCCGCCAACCCGUGAACCGGGCCCACGUCGACCAAACCGCCGCCGCGGCCCUCGCCCGCGUGAAGCUACACAUCACCGACCCAGCCGAAGCAGACGCCCUGUCACAGGGCCGCUACCGCAUCGUGAACGUCUGGCGGCCCCUCGGCGGCGACCCGGUGCAGUCGUCGCCGCUGGCGUUUGCAUCUGCAGCGUCGGUGGACGGCGCGGACCUCGUGGCUAUUCAGCACCGGUAUCCGAAUCGCACGGGCGAGACGAUGGGCGUGCAGUUCAAUCCGGCCCAGAAGUGGCAUUAUUGGUCUGGCAUGACGGGGGAUGAGCGGUUGUUGCUGAAGUGUUCGGAUUCGAGGGGGUUGAGAGAGGGGGAUGUUGCGCAGUGGGUGCCGCAUACCGCGUUUUGGGAUGUCAGGACGCCCGAGGGGGCACGGCCGAGGGAGAGUAUUGAGGUGCGGGCUUUGGUGUUUGGCUGA